CAAAAAAAUUUCGGGGACAGUUGAAGAGAACCGUCAACAACCCACAAGUUAGGGUGGAAAAUCGAACGGCAACUGUCCGACUACUCGAUCCAGCCUGCCGGCCGAACGCGUGAGACUCAUCACGGUCCACCUAUAACCUUUGUUUACCCUUUGGUCUCGGCCAAUUGCUCGACCAAACACGCAGACUCGACCUUGUUUGUGCUUCGAUUGUCGGAUUCGACCGAGGUUUGAGUGGGGGAGUUUCGUUUUACAACAUAACUACAACACCGCAUCCGAUCACACGGUAUCGCCACAAUGGCCGACUCAAAAGCGCUGGUGAAGAAGGGCGAGCAGGACGAACAGUAUGUCAUCAAGCCGCAGAACACGGUGCCCUCGGUCGACACGAGCCAAUGGCCGCUGCUGCUCAAGAACUAUGACAAGAUGCUGGUCCGGUCCGGCCACUUCACGCCCAUCCCUAACGGCUCGUCGCCCUAUAAGCGCGACAUCAAGUCCUACAUUUCGAGCGGUGUCAUCAACCUCGACAAGCCGUCAAACCCCUCCUCCCACGAGGUUGUUGCUUGGCUAAAGCGGAUGCUUCGUGUUGAGAAAACUGGCCACUCCGGCACUCUCGAUCCAAAAGUCACGGGCUGCUUGAUUGUCUGCAUCGACCGUGCCACUCGCCUGGUCAAGGCUCAGCAGGGUGCUGGUAAGGAGUACGUUGCCGUCAUCCGCUUCCAUGACACCGUCCCCGGCGGUGAGGCUGCGUUCGCCAAGGCCCUCGAGACCCUCACCGGUGCCCUCUUCCAGCGCCCGCCCCUUAUCUCGGCCGUCAAGCGCCAGCUGCGUAUCCGCACGAUCCACGAGAGCAAGCUGAUCGAGUUCGACAACGACCGCCACCUCGGUGUCUUCUGGGUGUCGUGCGAGGCCGGCACCUACAUCCGGACGCUCUGUGUGCAUUUGGGACUGCUGCUCGGCGUGGGCGCGCACAUGCAGGAGCUGCGCCGUGUGCGCUCCGGUGUCAUGUCCGAGGAUAACGGCUCGCUGGUUACGUUGCACGACGUCCUCGAUGCGCAGUGGCAGUAUGACAACGGCGGCGAUGAGUCGUACCUGCGCAAGGUCAUCCAGCCGCUCGAGACACUGCUCUGCACGUAUAAGCGACUUGUGGUCAAGGACUCAGCCGUCAAUGCCGUUUGCUACGGCGCCAAGCUUAUGCUUCCCGGUCUGCUGCGGUACGACCCUGGUAUCGACACGCACGAGGAGGUUGUCCUCAUGACCACCAAGGGCGAAGCCAUCGCCAUUGGCAUUGCCCAGAUGAGUACUGUUGAGAUGUCCACGUGCGACCACGGCGUCGUCGCCAAGGUCAAGCGCUGCAUCAUGGAGCGCGAUCUCUACCCACGCCGCUGGGGUCUGGGCCCCGUCGCGCUUGAGAAGAAGAAGCUCAAGGCGGACGGCAAGCUCGACAAGUACGGCCGCCCCAACGAGGCCACGCCGGCCAAGUGGACGCAGAGCUACACCGACUACGGCGCGGCCGAGGCCGCUGCUGCCGCCUCUGCCACCUCGGCGCAGCCAGAGGCUGCUUCCUCGCCCGAGAAGAAGGCCGAGGAUGCGCCAGCCGCUGCCGAGGAGAAGGCAGACGAAGACAAGAAGAAGCGCAAGAAGCACGACGGCGAGACGGCCGAGGAGAAGGCAGAGCGGAAACGGUUAAAGAAGGAGAAGAAGGAGAAGAAGAAGGCUGAGAAGGGGAAGGAUGCUGAGAAGGAUGACAGUGAUUAAGGAGAGGUUGGGGGCUGAUGUGGGUGUAUGAUGUGAGGUGUUCAUUCUUGUCUCUUCUGGAUGGAGGGGCGUUCUCUGCUGGCUGCGGCUGUUGCAUGGAAAAUGAUGGCGUUCAUGGUGGGUUUUCUGUUAAUGGUUGAUCGUUCAUAUCACUGCAAGACUUCUCGCAGCUAGAAUAAAAGAGAUGUACAAAUGGGUAGUUGCCGUGUGAUGAGCGACACGGCGAGUAUGCUGUCGUC